UUUACUUAUGGGUGCACUCCGUUUGUUUGUUUAUUUGUUUGUUUUGAGCAAAAUUCAGCAUUUUUUGCCUUGGAAGAUUCUGGUUUGAGCUUUUUAGCUCAUGUUUGGCUCUGCAUUUUUGUGGGUUUUCUUCUAAAGUUUAGUUUCAAUUUUGUAUAGUGUCGGUGUAUGAACAAUUUAGAGGUUUAGUUGUUUGUUUACUGAGAAACUAAGGAAAGAAAAUGACCAAUUACACCCACAUGCUACAUAUAGGAAAAUUUUCUCAUUUCCUUUCACUCCCUUCAUCAGUUUCUCUUAGCUAAUAACUAGGUUCAUUACAUUGCAUACAAUAGAAAAUCUGAGUGUGGAGAUUUGUUAGAUAACAAUUACUCAUAAUUGCAUUUUGUCUGUGCUUCUUUGCAGGAAUUUGGAAUUAAUUCGACUUUUCUUGGGAAAACAGAGUAUUUUACUCUUCAUUCAUUGGGAAAUUAACUUAGGAAAAUAAAGAAAGGAAGAAACAAUCAUUCUAAAGAACCAUGAUUGGACCAGCAAAUUUCAUGGACGAGAUAGACUGCGGCAGCUUCUUCGACCACAUCGACGACCUCCUCGACUUCCCCACCGACGAUAUAGAGGCUUGCCUCCCUGCUCCCGACUGCACUACCACCAACAAUAACAACGGGAACGCCAACUCGUUCCCUAGCAUAUGGUCGACUCAGUCAGACUCAAUGCCGGGUUCCAAUUCGGUGUUCUCUAAUAACAGCGGCUCUGAUUUCUCGGCGGAAUUGUCCGUUCCGUAUGAAGACAUUGUUCAGCUGGAGUGGUUAUCAAGUUUUGUGGAGGAUUCCUUCUCUGGAGGAAGCCUCACAAUGAAUAAAGAAGACUCAUCUUCCGACAACAAGGACUCAUCCCCCCAACAAUUUCAGACCUCAAGUCCAGUUUCUGUUCUUGAAAGCAGCAGCUCUUGCUCAGGAGAGAAACUUGUGCCGGACAUCAUUGCUUCGGCCAGACACGGACGUGCUCGUAGCAAGCGUCCUCGCCCUCCUACAUUCACUCCCCGGCCGACUAUGCAACUCAUUUCUCCCAGUUCUUCUGUCACUGAGACCCCUCAGCCUCAGACUCUUGCUGUCUCCAAGGUCCCCUCGGAUUCGGAAAAUUAUGCUGAGUCAAGACUUUUGAUCAAAAUGCCAAAACAUGUUGCUCCGGAACAUAAGAAGAAGAAGAAGAAAAUCAAGUUUACAGUUCCAUUGUGUCCUGCAGAGACAACCACCCAGAAUUCACCACCCCAACAACAAACCAUUAGGAAAUGUGUGCAUUGUGAGAUAACUAAGACACCACAAUGGAGGGCAGGACCAAUGGGUCCGAAAACUCUCUGCAAUGCUUGUGGAGUUCGCUAUAAGUCCGGCCGACUUUUCCCUGAAUACCGACCCGCUGCGAGUCCAACCUUCAUUCCAUCAUUGCACUCCAAUUCCCAUAAGAAAGUCCUGGAGAUGAGAAGCAAAACCGGCGACAGUCCUGCUGGAAAUGCUACGACGAUGAGUAACUCGCCGGAGUUUAUUCCAAACAAUAGCAAUCUUGCAAUGGAUUACAUCUAAGGGAGGACAUGGAGACUUGGUUUUUCCAGUUGGAGCCUCUCUCUGUUGCCUCUUUACUUUGAGUCUUUUAUGUUAUUUGCUUACUGCAGUUUCAUUUCUUUGUUAAUUGGCUAUUUGUACAGGGAUGGAAUGGGAGGAAAUAGGAGCCAUAGAUGACCAUAUUUUAGCUAGUAGAGAAGGAUUUUAAGAGACAAUUGGAGAAAAAAAUGAAGGGCUAGAGCAAGAAAUGGAAGGUUCAAAAAUAGUAGAGUUCUAGGGUAGGUUCUUAAGAUUAUUAAUUACUGAAGGUCUGUGUCUUUUUUUUUUCUUUUUUUUUGCAUUCUUUUUAUUUCUUUCCCCUUUAUCUUUGAUGGGUAUUCUUUUUGCAGUUCAAUUUAGUAGAAAAAAAAAUUCUGAAAUGAGUAAUGGAUUUUUGAUAGCUUGUAAUGCCUAAUCUACAAAUUUUCUUCCUUUCUUUGUGUU